AUGACAGCCGACUUGUCAAGCUCUGGGAAAUUAAAUCCACGCGGUCUGGGUGACCUUCCUUUCCUGGUUAAGGUCGAAGCCAAACCAAGAGACGGGUGGGUCUUUCCUGGCUUUGGAUCCGCUCAGAAGGAUGACGAUGGAGGAAAUCAGGAGAAGUUGAUUAUGGAAGUGCGGGACGGUCCUAACAAGAAUUUUCGGUUUGACGGUAUAGGUUCUGUAAUGACUGAGUCUGCCCCUUAUGGAGGACUAAUUUAUGGAUACAAUGACACAUCAGUGGCUUUCUGGAUUCCCCACCCAUACAAGAGAAAAAUGAAGGAAGCUGCAAUCUUUAUGAUGGGGGAAAUGUGGGGAUGGGGCUAUAGGAAACAAAUGACCGACAAUGUGGAUAUCUUAAUCAGCGUUCACGAUAUAGCGGUGCCGAUUUGCGUUUAUAGACCAUACAUUGAUAUCGAAGUAUCAGUUAUCAAGAAGUACAACAAAUGUAAUGAAUCAAUCUAUGCUCUUGGCGAUGAGAUUCAUCUACAAUGCAUGCCGGGAUAUCGCUACUUGUCAGGAAACACAACUCUGACGUGUAAUGAUGCUGGGCACUGGAAUGGCGAAAUUCUUAUAUGCGAAGUUAUAACGUGCGCAGAGACCAAUAUCAGCAAUGUUGAAAUUCUUCACCAAAACUUGAGCAUUGGAGGAACCGUGAAUUACAAAUGUAUCCCCGAAAGUUAUUACGAAGAGGGGAACCUUAAUCAAACAUGUACCAUAGAAGGAGAAUGGAAUGGUGAUCCGCCAGUUUGUAAAAAGUGUACGUGUCCUUGCGGAAUGAUCGGUUCUAUACCAAUCGAGGAACACGAAAUAGAUAAACUACAUCAGCGAUUGGAGGAAUUAAAAUUGAACCUGAAGGUUUUAAAGAAUACCACGUCAAAAGCAAUCAGGAAAAGAAUCAGUGCUACCGAUGUUCGACCCUCGGCACAAUUAAACUCGGGGCAGGGUGGUGGCUGUUUUUGA